GAUAUUGUUCGUUGCUUCAUCUCUAAUCACUCUCUCUCCAAUUUUUUGCAGCCUGCCUCUUUAAUUCACGUUUCGUGAACGAUGUUUACGCUCAUCACAACUCGUGCACACGUUACGAAUUCCCAUCACCCCUUAUUGCAUUUGAAUUAUCUAGUGACACCUUCUCAAUUUUGUGUAUACAAUCAGAAAAGAAGGCUUCGAAGGUACUUAAAAGCUGCAAAUUUUAGCCGUUCUAUGCGAUUUCUUGAAGUGAAAAGGUUGAGGAAAAUUGAAGGUAGUAACCAGAGUUUUAGGUGCUUUUGGCGUAAUAAAGAGAGUGAUGGAGACGCAGAAUUGGAGGCGGAAAUAAUGGAGUUUAUGGAUAAAUCGGAGAAGCCGUCAAUGUUUCCGACAAAGGAAGAGUUGCUCAAAGCUGGAAGAAUGGAUUUGGUGGAGGCUAUAAAGAAGAAAUGUGGGCGGUAUUCUCUCGGUUGGGAGGGUGAAAAUGUUGAUGAAGAUGCAGAUUUUAAGAUUGAGGAGCUUCAGAGUAGAGUUGAGAGUUGUAGCGAGAGUUCUUCUUUGGGAGAAAUUGAUGCUAAUUAUCAGCUGCCUUCGUCGUCCUCGGGUAUAUCACUGGAAAUCGGGGCUGAGGAAGAUGCUGGGAUUGAGGGUAUAUUGGGUAGAUUGGAGAAAAAGAGGAAUGCAGAUUUUGGAAUUAAUCUGGAGAACUAUGAAUUCGGAACUUUUGCUUCAGGUAAAGAUGAAAGAGAGAGCAGACAUGUCGGAACCUCCGUAGAUGUGGACAUUGCUGAUCCUGGAAAAUACAUCAGACUUACAUCAGAGUUUGCCCACAAAGGCAAAUUGGCUAAUCCGGGUGGAAUGAUUAGCCCAUCUAAUGAGCCAGAAAUGUGGAGAACUUGGAGCAGUCGGCUAACAGGCUUCCGAGAUACACAUUUUGAAGCUGCUGACAUUUUUUUGAGUGAAAAUCAAGUGGAAAGAGAUAAAGCUUCUAUUAAUGAAAGAAUAAUAGCUGCAGAGGAGUAUGCUGAAACUUUGGAUUGUCACAAAGGGAGCAAUCAAAAUCAAGUGCAAACACGACUUGAGAAUAUGGAACUGGAACUAACCACAGCUCUUCAGUUCUUGAGGUCUAAGAAAGAAGGGUAUAUAGCAAAAGAGGUUGCUGGAAGAUCCUCUAGUGACUUGCAGAAGGUUUCCGAUGCAUGGGAGUUCCGGGAGAAUGAGCUCAUGAAUUCCCAGGAAAGAUUACGUUCAAUUCGAGCCAAGCUAGCUGUAUUAGAGGGGAAAGUGACAUUAGCAAUAAUUGACGCGCAAAAGAUAUUGGAAGAGAAGCAGAAGAGGAUAGACGUAGCUCGUAAAGCUUUGCAACUUCUUCGUACCGUGUGCAUAGUUUGGCCAAAGUCAGCUUCAGAGGUUCUCUUAGCUGGCACAUUUGACGGUUGGACAACUCAGAAUGAAUGCAGUAUUGAAUUGCAGAGAAAGAUGGAGAAAUCGAAAACAGGCAUCUUUUCUGUGUACCUGAAGUUGUAUCCUGGUAGAUACGAGAUUAAGUUUAUCGUCGAUGGCAUAUGGAAAGUUGAUCCUCUGCGCCCCAUCACUCAUAAUGGUCGAUAUGAAAACAACCUUCUUAUUAUCACAUGAAUGCACGAAGUAUGAGCACCAUUCUACCGACUGGGUUUCGACAAAAUUUGUCGUCGUUCAUUUCCCUUUUAUAUCUUGUAUGUAACCAUUUAUACAUGCUUUGCAUCCCUUGUAAUUCAAUCUAUUCUUUUAUAUGGAUUCGUCCUUUAUGGCAAAAAUUCACCCACUUUACUA